AUGGCAACAGAACGGUCCUCAACCCCACCUUCGCAGCCCAAGAUCUCAGGGGCAGGGCAACUUCCCCGCGCUCCUCUCACUCCCGAACAACAACGGAAGAUGGAAAUCAAUCGCAUGAAAGCUAAAGCUCUUCGGGAGAAGCGUGAAGCCGAAAUAUCCCAAGCUGCUCCAAAUACCUCUCAGCCCGCUCCAGGCACCAAGCGCUCAUUCACCUCGAUGGCGGUAUCCAGUCAGCCUGCUAAUAUGCGCGAUGCCUCUUCCUCAAAUCGUCCCCUGGACUCGAUCAAGCCAGCCCGCAACUUCACACGCUAUGUCGACUAUGAUUUUAGCAAGAUGACCGAUACGAAGGGUGGAUUUUUGACUCAGGAGGACGACCCAUUCAAUAAACAACUACACGUGCCGGAUGAUCAAGAAGUUCAAAAGCCAGCACAUAUGACGCAGAAGGAGUGGGAACGCCAUCAGAUAGUCCAAUCACUAAAACGAAAUCGGGAGGGACCCUUUGAACCAGGUCUAAGUGUUCUAGAUGAUAAAAGCAAGCAGAAAACAUGCCGUGAAUGUGGCAGUCUCGAAAUAGAUUGGAAAUGGGAGGAAGAACUGAAGUGUUGCAUCUGUCAUGCUUGCAAGGAGAAGCACCCAGAGAAAUACAGUUUGUUAACCAAAACGGAAGCCAAAGAAGACUAUCUCUUGACAGAUCGUGUGUACCUACUUGUCGCCUUUGAAAAGAGAGAUGUGCUAACCAGCCUGGGAAUAGCUGAACUCCGAGACGAAGAGCUCCUUCCACGUCUCGAGCGUCCGAAUCCACACAAGUCUACAUGGAACAGCAUGAUGUUGUAUUUACGAUAUCAAGUCGAAGAAUAUGCGUUUUCUGAAAAGAAAUGGGGCUCAACAGAGGCGCUGGAUGCCGAGUUUGAGCGGCGAGAAAAUGAUAAGAAACGGCGGCGAGAGGCCAAAUUUAAAACGAAGCUGCAGGAGCUGAAGAAACGCACACGUGUGGAGGCCUACCGACGAAAUCGACAAGGUGCUUCGGGCGGAGAAUUUGGCGACGAUCUCGGUUCUGGGCGGAAGCAUGUUCAUCAAUGGGGGCGAUCCAUUGAGAAUCCAGAAACUGGAAUUGGUGUCAAGACGUGUAUAGAAUGUGGAAUGGAAGUGGAAGAGCUCGAGUUCUAG